AUGGUGGCUCUGAACUAUAGUGGGGAUGAUGAAGAUGAUGAUGCAGCAAAGGCUGAGCUUGAGCGAGUGGAACAUGCGGCCAAAGCUGAUGGAUCUCUGAGCUUCUUGGUGGUCAGAGAUUGGGGAAGAAAAAGACUCUAUAACCAAUCUCAAAUGGGAAGCAUUGGAGAAAAAAUAGAGGUGGAUUUCAUAAUCUCGACGGGAGAUAACUUUUACGACGACGGAUUGAGAGGAGUGAAGGAUCCAGCUUUUCAUCAAUCCUUUUCUGAUAUCUAUACAGCUCCUAGCUUGCAAAAGCAAUGGUACAUUGUGUUGGGUAAUCAUGAUUAUAGGGGUAACGUUGAGGCUCAAUUAAGUCCCAUGCUUAGAAAGAUGGAUACCAGAUGGCUUUGCCUCAGAUCUUUCAUCCUUAUUGCUGGACCUCAAAUGGUAGAAAUUUUCUUUGUGGACGCUACUCCAUUUGUAUCUAACUACUUCAUUGACCCAAAAGAUCAUGUCUAUGACUGGAAAGGCAUUUCACCCAGACUCCAUUACAUUAACAAUCUUUUAUUGGAAUUUGAAUCGGGUUUAAGAGAAUCCACAGCAAAAUGGAAGAUAGUAGUGGGUCAGCAUACAAUCAAAAGUGCUGGGCACCAUGGCAACACUCAUGAGCUAGCCAUUCAUCUUCUUCCUAUCCUUCAGGCAUAUCAUGUUGACCUUUAUAUUAGCAACACUGACAGCUCGAUUCAAUUCUUAACAAGUGGAGGUGGAUCAAAGGCGUGGAGGGGUGAUGUUAAUAACAGGUGGAAUCCACAAAAAAUGAAAUUCUAUUACGAUGGACAAGGUUUCAUGUCAGUUGAAAUGACUGAGACCGAUGUUGAUAUCAAAUUCUAUGAUGUUUUUGGCUAUGCAAUCUAUAAAUGGAGCACUUCAAAGCUAAUUUCUUCUGCUAUGUAA